AAUACUCCCACCCAGAGACUCCCCCUCUCGCCCAAAUAUGGAGUCCUCCCUCUACGGAGCCCGACAUACUUCCGUCCUUCUCAGAAGCAACUUCCGCCCCGCACGGGGUGGCAGCAGUCACCGCCGUCACUUAGCCCGCACUCACGCCCCGCUUACAGCCGGAGAGCUCUGGGGCAGAACUUUGACCGGAUGCCGAAUAAAACUCACCGUGAAGCAAGUCCCACUGGACGAAAAUUUGGUCGUAGCAUUUCUCAGCUCCACGCGACUAAACAACUGGAUUUGAGGACCCAGGCACCCCCGCCUUCGGCGAAUGGUACCGUCAGAACCCUCCCGAAUCCGGAGCGCUCGAGCCCUCCCUCCGGCAGUGAGGCAACCGGACCGGCGGCUCCGGGCCACGUACAGCAGCCUCUUCUUUUCCCACGCCAGAUCGCGACCUCACCGCCCGACUCGGAGCCGGGGCUUCGCGCAUCACGUCGAUCGAGGCCUCCAACCUCGCACGCUGGGCCCCAAAAGCCGCACGGUCCUCGGUCUCUGCCUAGGCCCUGGCGGCAAUGUUGGCCGUGGACCCGCCCCUCAACCCCCCCCGCCACGGGUCCUCCCGGCUUGGUCUCCCCACAGCCCUCGGGGGCACCUAUGGCGGCGAACCUCAGCUUUUCCGGGCGAGGUCCUCGGAAGGGGCGAUAGGGUAAGUAGCCACAAUCACCUACAAAUGUUUUUCUUACCGGGAAUCUUGACUCGCAGACAUGAUC